GUGACGUCAAGAGUGUGUUCCAGGCCUCUGUCUGGAGUGAAUGGCUUGACAGGCGAAGAUGCUGUGAGAGCGCUAUGGCUUCCGAAGGUUCCAUCCACCACACAAUGUUCCUGCUUGUCGUGUUACCCGCUCUUCUCUUUCAUCUUGGCGCCGGUCAGCCGCCAGAGUCUCCGGGCAGGAUCGCUGUGAUUGGUGCUGGCAUUGGGGGUUCCGCAGUCACCCAUUUCCUACAACAGCAGUUUGGGGCCCAGGUGCAAAUUGAUGUAUAUGAAGCAGAUAGAGUUGGGGGUCGCCUGGCAACGACAACAGUGAAUAACCAGCAGUAUGAAUCGGGCAGCGCCUCUAUCCACUCCCUGAAUCUCCACAUGCAAGGCUUUGUCAAGCUUCUCGGUCUUAAGCACAGGAAGGAGGUUGCUGGAAAAAAUGCAAUUUUCAGUGGAGAACAUCUGGUCCUAGAAGAGACAGAUUGGUACCUCCUAAAUCUCUUCCGCCUUUGGUGGCAUUAUGGGAUCAGUUUCCUGCGACUGCAGAUGUGGGUGGAAGAAAUCAUGGAGAAAUUUAUGAGGAUUUAUAAAUACCAAGCUCAUGAAUAUGCCUUCUCCACCACGGAGGAGUUACUGCGCUCUCUGGGAGGAGAGCAUUUUGUGAACAUGACCCAGAAGUCUGUGGCAGAAUCUCUGCAAGGGAUUGGUGUGUCUCAGAGAUUUAUUGAUGAUGUCAUCAGUGCAGUUAUAAGAGCCAGCUAUGGACAGUCAGUAGCAAUUCCUGCGCUUGUGGGAGCCAUGUCUUUAGCUGGAACACCAGGGAACAUGUGGGCUAUAGAAGGAGGCAACAAGUUGGUGUGUUCAGGACUGCUAAAGAUGACAAAAGCUAAUGUGAUCCAUGGGAAGGUGAUUGCCAUAUGCCUGCACAACUCAGAAAAACGGCCAGUGUAUGAAGUACAGUAUGAACAAGAGGACUCGAUUGGUUCUGAUUUUUAUGACCUGGUGAUCAUUGCUGCUCCCUUGCACAAGGCUGGCUACCCAAUCUCUUUCCUGAACUUUCAGCUUCCUAUACAACAACCGAAUGGCACUUACCAUCGUGUGGUCUCCUCCGUUGUCCAUGGCUACCUCAAUUCCUCCUUUUUCGGUUUCCCAGAUCCAAAGCUUUUUCCCUUUUCCAGUAUCUUGUCAGUGGAGAGCCCAGACUCAAGCUUCCACAGCCUAGAGAGCCUUUGCCCAGUCAACGUGUCUGUUGGUUUCCGCCGCAAACCCCCUCAAGAAGCGGCAGUUUGGCGUGUGCUGUCAGCUCAUCCUCUCGACAGAAAGGAGUUAAAGACAUUAUUUAAAUCCUACUAUUCUGUGCAGGUAGUAGAAUGGCAGGCAUUUCCAAGUUAUGGGUCCUCGCAGUCCUUACCUCAAAUAAUAAUGCACGAUGGACUGUAUUACUUAAGUGGAGUAGAAUGGGCUGCCAGCUCUGUGGAGAUGAGUGCCGUGGCUGCUAAGAAUGUGGCCCUCUUAGCCUUUAAUCGCUGGUAUGAGCUCAAUGAGAAAAUAGACCAGCCUGACUUGAUGCACAAACUGAAAACGGAACUGUAAAAAAUUGUAAUUUCCUGUUGUAAAUAUGGCACUGAGAACAGAACAGUGGACAUAAGCGAGCAUGAAACAAAGCUUUCAUUUCACUGUAUAAAGAAGGCAAUGAUUUAAGGCAGUCACUGGGAUUAAGGGUGGAUUGUCCCUAGGAAAAGAACCUUUUUUUGCACUAGAACGAGAAAAUGCCUUUUUUUUGCACUUGAACAAGAAAUCACACACUGUAAAGGAACGGUUCAGUGUAAAAAUAAAAACUGGGUAAAUAAAUAGGCUGUGCAAAAUAAAAAAUGUUUCUAAUAUAGUUAGUAGUGAUGUGUGGGUCAGGUUUUUCUUACCCACACCCUCCCAUCGCCCAACUUCUGGGUUUCUUUUAUAGACUCGCGCCGACCCUCCCAGCCGAUGACAUCACAAAAGGGGCCAGGCCAGAGGAGCGUAUCUAUAAAAGCUCAACCCGGAAACCGGCUUUUGGAAGGAGCGUGCAAGGUCCUGCUGGUAUCGAGCCGUCCUGCACAUUACUAAUAGUUAGUUGUUAGUAAUGUUAGGCUGGAGUCUAACAGAACAGAAAACUACUUCCUGCUUUUCAGCUCUCUAACUCUGAGUUAGUCAGCAACUUGAAGGGGGGCCACAUGGGACAUAACUGUUCAGUGAUUUUGCAAUUGAUGC